AUGGAAAACACCGAAGUCACCAGCAACAACUCGCAGUUCACUACUCCCACUCCGCCACGAGUCUGUCUCCCCCGAUUACCUCCAGAAUUACUCGAACUGAUUAUACUUCCUCAUCUGACUGCUGCCGAUCUGUGUCGCAUGGCAUUAUGCAGCCGUGAGUGGCGCUGUGUAGUCAAUCAAGAUUGGCAGUGGCGUUACUUUUGUCGGAGGAAAGGGUGGGAGCACUACUGCACCGUGACAGACCUGAGCAAGGAGAAACCGUAUAGAUGUAGUAUGGCCACUGGUAGUACGUGUCAAGCAGGGGAGGAACACGACAAGAUUUCCUUCCCGAUAGAAUCGAUUAUAAGUAAAAAGAACAGACUAGGCCUGCAAGCUACAUGCAAAUGGAAGGAAAUUUACAUGAAAGCACGCCACCUUGAGAAGAAUUGGACCGAGGGCCGACACCACGUCUCUUUCUUCGUCGGAGGAUACAUCUAUUAUCGAGGUCUGGACUUUGACAGAGACUGCCUUGUUAUUUGCCAACCCCAAAAGAGGCCUCGCAUUGACGUUUGGGACCUCAAAGAGGCAACUCUUCUUCACCAAGUCCUAGUCGAUGUAGGUCCUCAAAGCGAGUUGAAGAUAAAACGUGGCAUCAUAGUUGUAGGAUGUACCGACUUGGUGCUCCGUACAUUUGAUGCAAAGACGGGGCAGGCACUGCAAGUGAUGAGGUCGAUCUUCAACACAGCUUCCAGAUACUAUGAGCUGUUCUUUGAUGGUGAGAUUGUUGUGGGUGUAAAGUCUCUCGCGGACGUUGAAGUGUGGAACGUGCUCAAUGGAGUCUGUCAUUUUGCCUUCAUUGUCGUGUUACUUGGGGAACACACGCCGGCAGUGCCAUAA